AUGGCGAUUCGAGAGGAUAUCGUCGCUUCGGCGCAAACUGACCGUCUUGUAGUUUUGCAAGACCCAAGCGUUGCGAGCUCAUCGAUUGAAAACCGCGUGGCAUUCCUGCGGACGAAGAACCUUACCCAAGAAGAGAUCGAUGCCGCGUUGGCAAGAGUAGGCGCUCAGCCCGUACCGGCUGCUGCGGCGGGUUCGACGACAGUCGCUCAGCAACAGCAGCAACAACAACCGUACUAUCAGCCCUACCCCCCUCAGUAUGCCGCCUGGCAGCCACCGCCAACGUCCCCUAAGAGAGAUUGGAGAGACUGGUUUAUCAUGGCAACUGUUGUCGGCGGUGUCAGCUAUGGUGCAUAUACGUUGGCCAAGCGAUACGUGUAUCCUCUGAUUGCGCCACCGACUCCCGAGAGGCUUGAACAAGACAAGAAGUCGAUCGAGGAGCAGUUUGACAAGGCUUUCGGCCUCGUCGAACAGCUCGCAAAGGACACAGAGGAACUCAAGGCGGCGGAGCAACAACGCACAGAGAAGCUGGACACGGCUCUGGCGGACCUGGAAUCGAUUAUGCAGGAGCUGAGGUCUGCGAAUACGCGUCGGGAGAUUGAGACACAACGCGUCAAGGACGACGUACAAAUUCUCAAGGACUCGAUCCCGAAGGCCAUGAACACCCAGAAGGACCUCACCGACUCGAGACUGAAGGAGGUGAACUCUGAGCUUACUAGCCUCAAAACGCUGAUUACCCAGCGCAUGAACGCGGCGUCAUCGGCCAGUACGAACAAUCUACGGACCGGCGGAAGCGCUGCGUCUACUUCUUCAGGACUGAACCGCCCUGCUGCAACGGGUGGUGACAAUCAAACGGGCACUACCGAGGCGGCUGCCAACUCUGAUACGCCCAAGACAGUUGGCACGCCCACAUAUAACCGACCCUCGCCUUUCAGUGGCGCCACAGGCGCAAAGGCGUCAAUUCCGGCAUGGCAGAUGGCCAUGGCUAACAAGGAAAAGGAUUCCGUAGUGUCUUCGACACCACCAAACGAAACUGGGGACGGCAGCAGCUCACAACAGCAAUCAGCCGGAAGUGUGUAG